GAGGAUGGAUAAGAAGCACUGUGUGAAGCUGUCGGUGCAGCCCUCCAGAGCACUAGUGGAUGAGAAGUUCAUUGUCCUGGUGCAGAACGCCCCACCUGGUUUCCAGAUGACCAUCCACUCCCUCCACCACAGUGAAGACGGACACAGCUGGGAGGCAUUUGGUCACUACACUGCAGAUGCCACUGGAACAGUAAAUGUUUCUCAGGAUCACAGUGUGGGUGGGACUUAUUCUGGUGUGGAACCAAUGGGGUUACUGUGGAGCCUCAGACCAGUUCCAGGCAGCAAAUCAUGGCUCAGGUUUCGGAAGAUGAAUGUUGAAACUCCCAUGGAGGUCACCAUCUCAGUGUACCAGGGUCACCAGACUGUAUUUGUGGAUCAGGUGCAGCUGGCCAGUGUGGUGGCAGAGCGCUGGUACAUGGCACCGGGGGUCCGCAGGAUCCCGGUCACUGAGUCAGACCUCACUGCCACCCUCUUCCUGCCCCCAGGACCUGGACCUUUCCCUGGAGUCCUGGACCUUUGGGGGGGUGCAGGUCAGCUGGUGGAGUAUCGUUCAGCACUGCUGGCCUCUCAUGGUUUCGCCUCCCUAGCCCUCGACUACCUGACGGCUAAAAUCACCUUGAAAACCGGGAAGAUGACAGCCUACAAAUUCCUGCAGGAGCAUCCACAGGUCAGCGGCAGCAGGAUCGCCAUGAUGGGUCUUUCUUUCGGUACCGCUAUGACCCUGAAGAUGGCAGUUUACUCCGAAGUCAUGAAGCUCAGCUGUGCAGUGUGUAUCAGUGGGAGUCACGUCCAACCAGUUAACGGAUCAGUUGAAGAGAUUUUCAAGAUGUUUCACUGGAAUUCAAAAAAGGUGCGUUUCACUGAGGAGAAACAAGCAAUCUACCGUGAUUUGCUGCUGCCCAUCCCCACCGACCCUGGAAUGAAAGUGGAUGUUGGGCGACUGCAGUGUCCUCUACUGUUGAUCGUAGGUGAGGACGAUCAGAACUGGGCAGCCCCUGAAUUUGCACAAGAUAUAAAGGAGAUGAUGGAGCAGGCAGGGAACAGUCAUCUACUAACUCUCCUGUCAUACCCAAACACCGGUCACCUGAUCGAACCUCCGUAUUCGCCACAUACUCGAGCCGGCAUGCUCAAAGCAGUCCAUGUAAAUAAGAUGUUUGUGGUUCUGUGGGGUGGGGAGACGAUGGCUCAUUCUUGUGCCCAGGAAGACGCCUGGAGGAAGACACUGGCCUUUCUGUGGGAGAAUUUAUACGACAGGAAAAACUCUGCUGUUACCUCCAUGUCACACCUGUAACGGAGAUCUAAGAAAACACAGAUACCUUGACUUUAAUCUAAAUAUAAACAGAGUGUAAAUAAUUUAUAGUUGAACUUUUCGAACUUUGCAUCCUGUGACAGAAUACACUGAAUGUUUGAAAUCAUUACAGUCACAUACAGAACAGUCAACACAUUCCUUCUAAUAAUUUCUAAAUCAUUUAUCAAUGUUUUGAUGCUGGAAGAAUAACAUAUUUUACACGUUGAUUUCACCUCCGUCGGUCAGAGAGCCCCAGGGGACAGAUGCGUGUGUUGGAGUUGACUGACAACCAGACGACAACACUUUAUUGUUGUUCGUUCAGUUGAGUAACAACCACCCUGUUCUCUCCAAAGGUCAAAGGUCAGAGGGCGUGUGGGCCAUGU